ACUCCUUAUUCUCUCUUCCUCUGUCAGUGUUUUUUUUCUUCUUUCUCUUAUUUAUAUAUUUUUCUCUCUACUCUCUUUCUUCCAAGCCGGAGCCUGCGUUCCCCGCCGGAAUUUCUCUCGGGAACCGCUCUUCCGCCGCAAACCACCCUACCUUUUGCUUCAACCGGCUCGAAAGACGGUUUUUUUCCUCGGUCCAAGUCAGUCUCGUGAGUUGAAAGAAGAAACAAGCGGUGUGGUCGGUCUUUGACUUGGAAUCGUCAAUGGAGUUUCUGGGGUUUUGGUUUCUGCAAAGAGUAACGGAUCUGUGAAGCUUGUUUGCGUUCUACACCUAGAAUCAGAACUGGGUUUUGUUUUCUAGAGCAAGAGAGUAAGGUUUUGGUUUUGACGUGAAGGUGAAUGGUUUUGCUGAGGAGAAGAGGUUGGAGUCUUUUAUGAUGACCGGAGCUCCGGUUAGAGAUCGUAGAGGGUGGCGGCGUUUCGGUGAAUCUCUCACAUGGAAUGGCAGAUCUUGCUAGAUACGGGAAUGCCAACCGUGACAUUCAACAAGCACUAAUUGCCUUGAAAAAGGGUGCUCAACUGCUUAAAUAUGGUCGUAAGGGAAAGCCCAAGUUUUGCCCAUUUAGACUUUCCAAUGAUGGAUCAACUUUAAUCUGGAUUUCAAGUAGUGGAGAAAGAAAUCUGAAGCUAUCUUCUGUCUCAAGAAUUAUUCCUGGACAAAGAACUGCUGUUUUCAAACGUUACUUGCGUCCUGAAAAGGAGUAUUUGUCCUUUUCACUUAUUUAUGAUAGCGGAAAGCGAUCCCUUGACCUGAUUUGCAAAGAUAAAGUUGAGGCAGAAGCGUGGAUUUCUGGUCUCAAAUCACUGAUCUCUUCUGGCCAAGGUGGUCGGUCCAAAAUUGAUGGAUGGAGUGAUGAGGGCCUCAAUCUUGAUGAUAGCAGAGAUUUAACAUCAAAUAGUCCAAGCGACAGUUCAGCUAGUGCGUCACGAGACAUUAGUUCUCCUGACGUUCCUGCGAGUCUUCCAAAUACCUCACCAAAGUCCUUUUGGCCUGACAAUAUUGUAAAUUCUGAAAGGUCACAUGCACCAUCAGACUCAACAAAUAUGCAAGUAAAAGGAUCUGGUCCAGAUGCUUUUCGUGUCAGUGUUUCAAGUGCCCCCAGCACGUCUAGUCAUGGAUCUGCACCAGAUGACUAUGAUGCUCUGGGGGAUGUAUAUAUAUGGGGGGAUAUUAUCUGUGAAAACGUGCAAGUUAGUGCCGAUAAAAGUGUCAGUUAUUUCAGUCCAAGGGCAGAUGCGCUUAUCCCCAAACCCCUAGAGUCCAAUGUAGUUUUAGAUGUACAUCAUAUAGCAUGUGGAGUUAGACAUGCUUCUUUAGUCACUAGGCAAGGUGAGGUUUUUACGUGGGGUGAAGAAUCAGGAGGACGCCUUGGCCAUGGUGUUGGGAAAAAUGUGGUUCAACCUCGUCUAGUUGAAGCAUUGACUUCUACAACUGUUGAUUUUGUUGCCUGUGGGGAGUUCCAUUCCUGUGCUGUUACAGUGGCCGGUGAACUAUAUACAUGGGGUGAUGGUACUCAUCAUGCUGGGCUGCUUGGUCAUGGAACUGAUGUUAGUCAUUGGAUACCAAAGAGAAUUGCCGGUCCAUUAGAGGGACUUCAAAUUGCAUCUGUUGCCUGUGGUCCGUGGCACACUGCCUUGAUAACUUUAAGUGGGCAGCUCUUUACAUUUGGUGAUGGAACUUUUGGUGUCUUGGGUCAUGGUGAUAGGGGAAACAUUUCAUGUCCUAGAGAAGUGGAAUCCUUAUCAGGGCUGAGGACAAUAGCUGUUGCAUGUGGAGUGUGGCACACUGCAGCCGUGGUAGAGGUUAUUGCAACGCAAACUAGUGCGAGUUUAUCAUCAGGUAAAUUGUUUACUUGGGGUGAUGGAGACAAAAAUCGCCUUGGGCAUGGGGAUAAGGAGGCACGACUUAAACCAACUUGUGUGCCUGCACUUAUUGAGUACAAUUUUCAUAAAAUUGCUUGUGGACACAGUUUGACAGUAGGCCUGACAAUAUCUGGACGUGUUUUUACCAUGGGAAGUACUGUAUAUGGUCAGCUUGGGAAUCCCAAGUCUGAUGGAAAGCUGCCCUGCUUGGUUGGAGACAAGAUUGCUGGGGAGUCCGCUGAAGAAAUCGCAUGUGGUGCAUAUCACGUGGCUGUUUUAACAUCCAAAAAUGAAGUUUACACUUGGGGUAAGGGUGCAAAUGGGAGAUUGGGUCAUGGAGAUCUUGAAGAUCGAAAAACACCAACUCUGGUUGAAGCAUUGAAGGACCGACAUGUGAAAUAUAUUGCAUGUGGUUCAAACUACUCGGCUGCCAUAUGCCUUCAUAAGUGGGUAUCUGGUGCUGAGCAGUCUCAAUGCUCUGCCUGUAGACAGGCAUUUGGCUUCACUAGAAAGAGGCACAAUUGUUACAACUGUGGACUUGUGCACUGCCAUUCAUGCAGUUCAAGGAAAGCAUUAAGAGCAGCACUAGCUCCUAAUCCUGGCAAGCCAUAUCGUGUUUGUGAAUCUUGUUAUGUAAAAUUGAACAAGGUUGCAGAAACUAACCAUAAUAAUCGGAGGAGUGCUUUGCCACGUCUGUCGGGUGAAAACAAGGAUAGGUUAGACAAGUCUGAGCUAAGAUUGUCCAAGUCAGUAAUUCCUUCUAACAUGGAUUUGAUAAAGCAGCUAGAUAGUAAGGCAGCCAAACAAGGAAAGAAGGCUGAUACAUUCUCACUAGUUCGCUCCUCGCAAGGACCUUCCUUGCUACAGCUGAAAGAUGUUGUAUUCUCGACUGCUGUUGAUCUGAAACGAACUGUUCCAAGACCGGUGGUUGCACCAUCUGGAGUAAGUUCAAGGUCUGUGUCCCCUUUCUCUCAGAGACCAAGCCCUCCUCGUUCUGCUACACCUAUUCCAACAACAUCAGGGCUUUCCUUCUCCAAAAAUAUUGCUGAUAGGUUAAAGAAAACAAAUGAAAUUUUAAAUCAGGAAGUGCAGAUGUUACGUGCUCAGGUUGAGAGCCUGAGGAAGAGAUCUGAACUACAAGAGUUAGAGCUUCAAAGGUCAACAAAAAAGACACAAGAAGCUUUGGCACUGGCUUCUGAGGAAUCUGCUAAAUCUAAAGCUGCAAAAGAAGUUAUAAAGUCACUUACGGCACAGCUCAAAGAUCUGGCUGAGAGGCUUCCUCCUGGAGUUUAUGAUGCUGAGAACAUUAGACCACCUUACCAGCCAAAUGGCAUCCACUAUCCAGACUCAAAUGGGGAGCAGCACUCCAAGGCAGAAUUAAUCAGCAGCCCUAGUUCGGCUUCCAUAGGACUUGGAUCCUCGCUGUCGAAUGGAAAUUUGGGGAAUUUUGCAGGAGCCAAUGGAACCAAUAGUCACGAGCAAAUCCGUACCCUCGUGACCUCUAAUGGGACCAAUAAUUAUCCAGGUGUGAAAUUUCCAAAUGGUGGUGCUGAUUUUCAGGCAAGCAGCAAUAUCAUAUCAGGCACUGUUGAUGGAAGGGAUUCUGGGAAUUUCCAAGAUGAUGAGAGUGGUCUGAAAUCAAAGAAUGCUGUGCUGGCUGCUAAUAGUAAUCAUAUUGAGGCAGAGUGGAUUGAACAGUAUGAACCUGGUGUCUAUAUAACCCUUGUGGCCCUGCGUGAUGGAACUAGAGAUCUGAAGCGAGUACGAUUCAGCCGGAGGAAAUUCGGAGAGAACCAAGCAGAGAUUUGGUGGUCAGAGAACCGGGAGAAGGUAUAUGAAAAAUACAAUGUUCGUAGUGGGGACAAGUCUUCCAGCCAAGCAGCACUUAGGGAAGAGGGCGCUGGUUCUCCUGUUUCCCGAAAAGCUUAGGAAGGUAGCGGGAGGGAAAUUCUCCAUUAACAGAUUUUGUCACAACUGAACAAAUUGUAGAGAAAGCAAGGAUGAAUACGAAGAAAAGAGGAAAUCCUUUUCUUAGGGGUGGUUAUAUCUAUCCUUAAUCUCUUAUCAAUCCCUCUAAUUAAUUGUCUUCCAUCUAAUUUGGGUAAAUGCCCUUUCCAUAUCUUUUGUAGUGUAGUGUAUAUAAAAUCAUUAGUUCUCCAUUUAACCUUCCCUAUUUUUUGUUGUUAUUUUAUCACAUUUUUCUUUUCUUACCAUAUGUACACUCCAUGCAUUCAGACGUGUUCAUGGUUUUUAUAUCAUUCAUUCAUUUUUUUUUAUC